AAAUCGCGUCUCUCCCGGACGGGUCGCGAUGACUCGCAGAUCCCGGGCGGAGCGCGUGACGCGAAAGCCGUUUCGGGCGCGAUUGAGAGCGGGCUGACGCCAGUGCGCAUGCGCCGAGCCGUCCCGGCCAACCCCCGGGGUUGAAUUUUCUUGGAGAAAGACAGGCCGGCCAUCAGGAAAACAAACGAGCCUCAGCAACACCUAAGCCCUUGAAAGGAUCCUGAGAGAGGGGGGAAAGGGGAAAGCAGCGGCCACCAGCCCAACCACUGUGUCUUCCACCCCUUCCCACCUGUCUUGCUCACCCCACCAGCCCACGCUCUCCGCUUGGGACUUGCAAUCUGUGGCCGAAGGACCCGUCACCACAUAACUUCAAAAAUAAUCAACCACCCUCCCCGCCCAAACCCGCCCAAUCUCACUCAUCCAGCAUUUCCUUUUUGAUAUCCACUCAGGAAAUUUUUUUCUUCCCAACGAACCCCCCUCUCCCUAAAAGGAGUUGGGUGGGGGGGAAUGUGAAUACUGAGUUGGUCUUUACUUUUUUUCAAGAGACUUUUUUUUGAUCCAAUGAGGCCCCCCAAGUAAUUGAGUUUGGGUCCUGGUUGGUUGUUUUAUUUUUUUUUUCCUCCAAAAUUUUACCCCUCCCUCCCCCUGAGCCCGAGGUGCUGACGUCGCAAAAAAAUUGGAUAGUAAGUGUCGAAUUUUCAAAAACCAGCCUUGCAACAAGAAAUCAACGUUUCCCGUUGUGAAACCAAAAAUAAUGAGAGGAAGAAAUGAGACCAUAGAACAAAUGUAGAAUACUGGAGAAGGACCAAUCGGGUCUCUAAAAUCUCCAUUAAAAAGGUCCUGUGGGUCUAAGCAGUCUUUUGUUCUCUCCCCUGCCACCUGCCUCUUCCCUGCUGUGGAGCAGGCAAGGAGAGGGUGAAGGGAGGGCCAGCAAGUGAGGAUAUUGACGGUUAACCCUUGAUAAUCCAGCAAAUAUCCAGACUGCCAAAGCAUAAGCCUUUGCUAUUAUAAGGAGGAAUGGUUACCUUCCUCUGGUUAGCAGUCUUCAAAAGGGUUAAUGAGCUCACAUACAAAAGAUGGUGGAUCUUGUGGCCCAGAAGUCCCACUUCUUUGUGUGUGAGACAAGCAGAGCGCCUUUCAAUUUGCCAGAUUAAUAAGCAAUCUGUACAUAAAGAUUGCAGGGUAAGGAGAUGGGCAGAGAGAAGUAUUAGCUGGCUAUGUCUUUAAAGUGAUUGUUAAAUCCUCUCAAUUUUAAUGUAAUUUGCUUGGGAUAUAUUGUAUGGUUAAAAUAGGUGGCAAUCUAGGAAUAAAGAUUGCAAGACACUUAAAUUUAGGGCAAAAUAUAAUAUUAGUAACAAGUACAUACAAUAUAACAUUUGGGGAGGUAAAGAAUGUCUUGUGAUUGUUUCAGAUUGCAUAGGUUAUUUAAAGCCAAAAGUGAUUAUAACAUUUUUAACUUGAUACUUUUUAGUGGUUGGUGGAUACAGUUAAGAGGGUGGAAAGGUUGGGAAAUGUGGAACUCAGAAGUAUAAUUUUUAAAGCCAUUAGUGCAAUUGAAUGCUAGCUUUCUAGGAGAUUUGUGUCGUUAAAAGAGUUUCUUCCCUGCUUCAAAUAUGGCGACUUUUCCUUGUCCUUUUGUCUUCCAAGCGGCGUUGCAGGUUGUGUCUUGACCCAUUUUUCUCCUGUCCUCCCACCUCAACCCUAUUUGUUGAGGGGUCCCAAGUCCUCCCCCUUUCCGGUUAUAGGGAGGCUUGGGGUGGUCGGCGGUAGUAGCAAAUUGAACUUCAGUUGCAAAUUCAAAUUCUUAACCCGCAGAAAAUUGUAUAUUGAUUUUAUUUUCAGUAAGCUCUUAAACUGAACUAAAAUAGGUCAGAUUGAGGAGUGGGGGUGGAGGGAUGGCCUCUGGUUUUUUAACUUAGUGCUUUGUAGUGUGAGUUAAGCGACCGGCUGGUCUGGAUGGCGUUUUAAUUUCUGAGUCGUCCUCGCCAUAACAAGAUGGCGUCCCUCUCCUUUGUUUUUCUCUUUUGCCAGUCAGCCUAGGGCUGUCCUAGAAACUUGGUCAAGGGGGAGGAGCCACUUUGAAGGAUGAUGUAAUCAGCUUGCUUCCUCUGGAAACUCCACCCCCAAGCAGAUGCUUUCUAUCCCUCUGCAGAUUGCUGCUCGGGAGAAAACGUUUUUAGUUUCCUUUAUCUUUUAUGAAGUAUCUUCCAGGGAUAAAGCUUACUGAGUACAGGAAUGGAGGCUGUCCUUCUCGUGUAGUUGUAGUUUAUGUUUAACAAUGAGCCCAUUCAUUGCUUUAUUUCACCUUUCAUUCAUCACAAACUAGGACAUGUACCUUGCCUGCUUUAGCUGACAGGUGUGGAAAAGUAACCCCCAACUGUACUUUAGGUUUGGGAGACUGGGGCAAGACACAGGGCUUGUGUAACUUGAGUAGACAAUUGGGCCUAACGAAGCUUAAAUGUGCCAUGCGCUCAGGACGCAAAUGUGGGGAAGGGUUGGUACUUGUAGGACUUUCUUAUAAAUCAUCCUUAUUCUCACCUCUCAGUUUGGGAAUAAACUCUUGUGCUCAGUGCCAUCACCUUCUGCAGUUGCUUAGUUCCUGUAUGUUGGCACUAGGAUGAGAAGUGAAUCUUUAGGAAAGGAGGCUGCAGUUGUAAACUCGAGGCAGGGGGAGUCAAGCUACGGUUUCUGAAACCACCAUCAUGGGUUCAGGUCCCAUAGACCCCAAAGAACUUCUCAAGGGCUUGGACAGCUUCCUCACUCGGGACGGAGAGGUGAAGAGUGUGGACGGGAUUGCCAAGAUCUUCAGUCUGAUGAAAGAAGCACGAAAGAUGGUGAGUCGAUGUACGUACUUGAACAUCAUCCUGCAGACCCGAGCCCCAGACGUGCUGGUCAAGUUUAUUGAUGUCGGUGGCUACAAGCUUCUGAACAACUGGCUGACAUAUUCAAAGACAACCAACAACGUUCCUCUCCUGCAGCAGAUUCUGCAGACCCUGCAGCACCUCCCACUCACUGUGGACCAUCUCAAGCAGAACAACACAGCAAAACUAGUGAAGCAGCUGAGCAAGUCAAGUGAGGAUGAAGAGCUCCGGAAAUUGGCCUCAGUCCUCGUUAGUGACUGGAUGGCUGUCAUCCGCUCCCAAAGUAGUGCCCAGCCUGCAGAGAAAGAUAAGAAGAAACGGAAGGAAGAGGGAAAAAGCCGAACUACGCUUCCUGAGAGACCUUUGACUGAGGUGAAAACCGAGACCAGGGCUGAGGAGGCUCCAGAGAAGAAGAAGGAAAAGCCCAAGUCGCUGCGAACCACAGCACCGAGUCACGCCAAGUUUCGCUCCACUGGACUAGAGCUGGACACCCCAUCUUUGGUGCCUGUGAAGAAGAACUCCAGCACUGUGGUGGUGUCAGACAAGUACAACCUGAAGCCCAUCCCCCUCAAGCGGCAGAGUGCCACAGCUGCUCCAGGAGAUGCUGCUCCGCCUGCGGAGAAGAAGUACAAGCCCCUCAACACAACCCCCAACGCCACCAAAGAGAUCAAAGUGAAGAUCAUCCCCCCUCAGCCUAUGGAGGGCCUGGGUUUCCUGGAUGCUCUCAAUUCAGCCCCUGUCCCAGGCAUCAAAAUUAAAAAGAAGAAGAAGGUGCUGUCACCUACAGCUGCCAAGCCCAGCCCUUUUGAAGGGAAAACAAGCACUGAACCGAGCUCAGCCAAACCUUCCUCCCCAGAGCCAACGCCCCCUGCUGAGCCCAUGGACACAGAUCGUCCUGGCACCCCGGUGCCACCUGUUGAAGUCCCAGAGCUCAUGGAUACAGCCUCUUCAGAGCCAGGAGCUCUGGAUGCGAAGCCUGUGGAGAGCCCUGGUGAUCCCAGCCAGCUGACUCGAAAGGGCAGAAAGAGAAAAACAGUGACAUGGCCUGAAGAGGGCAAGCUGAGAGAAUAUUUCUACUUUGAACUGGAUGAAACUGAACGAGUGAAUGUGAACAAGAUCAAAGACUUUGGUGAGGCAGCCAAGCGUGAGAUACUGUCAGACCGACAUGCUUUUGAGACAGCCAGGCGACUAAGCCAUGACAACAUGGAGGAGAAAGUGCCCUGGGUGUGUCCCCGGCCUCUGGUUCUGCCCUCACCUCUUGUCAUCCCUGGAAGCAAUAGUCAGGAGCGAUACAUCCAAGCUGAGCGGGAAAAGGGCAUCCUUCAGGAACUCUUCCUGAACAAGGAGAGUCCUCAUGAGCCCGAUCCUGAGCCCUAUGAGCCUAUACCCCCGAAGCUCAUCCCCUUGGAUGAGGAGUGUUCCAUGGAUGAGGCACCGUAUGUUGAGACCCUGGAGCCUGGAGGGUCUGGUGGCUCACCUGAUGGGGCAGGAGGCUCCAAGCUGCCUCCGGUUCUGGCCAAUCUUAUGGGAAGCAUGGGAGCUGGGAAGAGCCCCCAGGGCCCUGGAGGAGGAGGAGGCAUCAACGUCCAGGAGAUCCUCACCUCCAUCAUGGGCAGUCCAAACAGCCACCCUUCAGAGGAACUACUGAAACAGCCAGAGUACUCAGACAAGCUCAAGCAGAUGCUGGUGCCACAUGGACUUCUAGGUCCUGGUCCUGUAGCCAAUGGCUUCCCACCAGGAGGCCCCGGGGGCCCCAAGGGCAUGCAGCAUUUCCCCCCUGGUCCUGGAGGGCCCAUGCCAGGUCCCCAUGGAGGCCCUGGUGGUCCAGUAGGUCCACGUCUUUUGGGUCCCCCACCCCCUCCUCGGGGAGGUGAUCCCUUCUGGGAUGGCCCAGGUGACCCCAUUCGAGGUGGCCCAAUGCGUGGGGGUCCAGGACCUGGUCCUGGACCAUACCACAGAGGUCGAGGAGGUCGUGGAGGAAAUGAGCCGCCGCCACCCCCUCCAUUUCGAGGAGCCAGAGGAGGUCGUUCUGGAGGAGGACCCCCAAAUGGCAGAGGGGGUCCUGGUGGAGGAGGCAUGGUUGGAGGUGGUGGGCACCGCCCACAUGAAGGCCCUGGAGGAGGAAUGGGCAGUGGACAUCGUUCCCAUGAAGGCCCGGGAGGAGGAAUGGGCAGUGGACAUCGUUCCCAUGAAGGCCCGGGAGGAGGAAUGGGCAGUGGACAUCGUUCCCAUGAAGGCCCCGGAGGAGGAAUGGGCAGUGGACAUCGUUCCCAUGAAGGCCCGGGAGGAGGAAUGGGCAGUGGACAUCGUUCCCAUGAAGGCCCGGGAGGAGGAAUGGGUUCUGGUGGUGGACAUCGCCCCCAUGAAGGCCCUGGACAUGGGGGACCUCAUGGCCACCGGCCGCAUGAUGUCCCUAGUCAUCGAGGCCAUGACCACCGAGGUCCACCACCUCAUGAACACCGUGGUCAUGAUGGCCAUGGGGGAGGCGGCCACCGAGGGCAUGAUGGAGGCCACAGUCAUGGAGGAGAUAUGUCCAACCGCCCUGUCUGUCGACAUUUCAUGAUGAAGGGCAGCUGUCGCUACGAGAACAACUGUGCCUUCUAUCACCCGGGGGUCAAUGGGCCCCCGCUGCCGUAGGCCGGCCCCACCCCGCCCGCACCCCUGUGGACUGCAGCCUUGCUCCUUUCACUCUUAUGGCUUCUGUGAGGCCUACUUCCCCUUUUCCCCAGCUGAUGAGGAGCCGGCCCCCUCCGUUCCCACCUGGUUGGGUUCCUGGGGGUUUCUGAUCACUGGUGCGCAUUGAUGUACAUACUCCCCUCCAGUCUGGAGAGGAGAGAGACUGGACACACUCUAUAUGCUGGACUGCUGAGACGGCUGGCUUCACUUUGUGAGGAGAUUCGCCCUGUGCCCCAAACCCCUUCCAGUAUUAGCCCCGAUGCCUGAGAACCUAAAGCUGGUCACCCUGGAGACCUCUGCUCUCCAAUUGCACAUGGAACUGAGUUGGUCACCUGCACUUAGGAAACCAAGCCAAGCCAAGCUCAUUAUCCCCUUGGGGUGAGGGGUGAUGAGGGGUACCAUAUAUCCCACUGCACUGAGGGCUCAAGCUGGCUGGAAUUGAGUUCUGGAACCACCCUCUCUUGUGCCCCUCAUGGGCCAGUCACUGUUGAGUCCUUUCUCAAGGAAGACUGCAACUGUUAGUACCCAAGUCUUUGUGGGUCUGCCAGGUUCAGUGAGGGCACAUUCAUAUCCAUACCUAGUUAAAAGUAGCUGGCGGAGGGGAGGCCUGCAGCGUUAGGCCACUCUUGCCUACAGCCAUGUUAGAGACUCCAUUAAACACUUCCGUGAGACCAGCUUUCAUCAACUUAGCCCGGGCGCACCGGGCCUAACGCACUACAUGCACUGCCUUUGGGAGUGGGCUUGCUCCUUACCCCAUAUGGACCCUGUCUGCGAGGCUUCUCGGGUAGAUUCAGCAGGAGUGGCCCCGCCCCAGUCCUCUCCUUCCCCUGUCUUGGCAUCAGUUGUUUUCUAUGAAAACAGUGGGUUGGUUUUGUGCAGGGUCUUGGGUUAGAACCACAAUGGAUUUGAGGAGUUUUUUCUUUUGAUUUUGUAUAUUUUGUACAUUAAUAAUAAACAGUGGAAAGAGAAGCAGCUUAUUUAA